AGUUCCAGGGGGUUGUAAGGCUAGGAUAGGCUCCAGCAGAAGAAAGGUCGGGGCCAAACGUGCAAUGAUGCGGCCUCCAGCGUUCCGCAUCUGCCCGGACCUCUGGAAGCCGAGCGCUCGCCAGGAGGAGGCGCCCGGCCUGGAGGCGGCGGCAGCAGCAGCAGCGCCGGCCCUCCGAUUCCUCCCAGCCUGCCCGACCUUCUCUCCGCCCUGCGCAGUUUCCUCAGUUCAGGCCGCGAUGGCGCUGCACGGCGUGCGGGUGCUGGAGAUGGCUGGCUUGGCGCCGGCGCCUCUCUGCGGCCUAAUUCUGGCCGACUUCGGGGCGCAGGUGGUGCGGGUGGACCGCUGGCCCCGCACGCCCUUCAACCCGGACGUGCAAGGCCGCGGCAAGCGCUCCGUCGCGCUGAAUCUGAAGCAGCCCCAGGGCACCGCCACGCUACGUAGGAUGGCCCAGCAAGCGGACGUCCUGGUGGAUCCCUUCCGACCAGGUGCCAUGGAAAAACUUGGUCUCAGUCCUGAUAUCCUCCUUCAGGAUAAUCCCAGGCUCAUCUAUGCCAGGUUGACAGGAUUUGGCCAAUCAGGAAAAUAUGUCAAAUUGGCAGGCCAUGAUAUCAACUAUCUGGCAGUGUCAGGUGUGUUGUCUAAACUUGGCCGAAAAAAUGAAAAUCCUUAUGCUCCAGGCAAUCUUCUGGCUGAUUUUGCUGGUGGAGGAGUCAUGUGUGCAAUGGGUAUCAUCAUGGCCUUGUAUGAACGUACAAAAUCUAGAAAAGGGCAGGUCAUUGAUGCUAGCAUGGUAGAAGGUGUAGCAUAUCUAAGUUCCUUUCUGUGGAAAUCUCAAAACUUGGACUUCUGGAAGAGAGGACGCGGGGAGAACCUGUUGGAUAGUGGAGCCCCUUUUUAUGAAAUAUACAAGACCUCGGAUGGGAAAUUUAUGGCAGUUGGUGCACUGGAACCACAAUUUUAUGAGCAGUUCAUCAGAGGUUUGGGACUGGAUCUUCAGAAACUUCCCAGUCAGAUGAGUUUCUCAGACUGGCCUGAAAUGAAGAAGAUAUUUACAGAUGUAUUUAAGAAAAAAUCCCAAGCGGAAUGGUGUGAGAUCUUUGAUGAUGUGGAUGCUUGUGUGACCCCAGUGUUGACUUUUGAUGAAGCUGCCUCUCAUCCCCAUAAUGAACAGCGGGGAUCUUUUCUUAAAAAUGAUCAGGAGGAGAUAAGUCCAAGACCAUCUCCCCUUUUGUCCAGAACUCCAGCUACACCUUCAUUCAAGAGAGAUCCUUUGAUAGGAGAACACACCGAGGAAGUUCUCCUGGAGUAUGGUUUUUCCAAAAAAGAGAUUUUACAGCUCCAUUCGCUCCAAGUAAUUGAAUUAAAUAACCUUAAAGCAAACUUAUAAUAUGAAAGCCUGCAAAUCAAGAGUUUGUCUUGG